GCGCGGCGUGCGGCGCCGGGGCGUUGCUCGGAAACAUCUGGCGACGCCUAUGGCUGGGACCCGCCAACAUGGCGGCGGCGGCGGCGGCGCUGUCGUGGCUCGCGGCGGCCUCCCUUCUCCUUGCGGCCCAGGUGGCCUGUGAGUAUGGCAUGGUACACGUGGUUUCCGAGACUGGGGGCCCCAAAGGCAAAGACUACUGCAUCCUCUACAACCCACAGUGGGCCCACCUGCCACAUGACCUCAGCAAGGCUUCUCUCCUGCAGCUGCGGGACUGGACGACCUCCGUGCUCUGCUCUCCCUCUGACCUCCCUGCGAAAGGCUUCAGCAACCAGAUUCCACUGGUGACUCGGGGGAACUGUACCUUCUAUGACAAAGUGAGGCUGGCCCAGGGCAGCGGGGCACACGGGCUGCUUAUCGUCAGCAAGGAGACUCUGGUACCCCCAGGAGGCAACAAGACGCAAUAUGAGGAGAUCGGCAUCCCCGUGGCCCUGCUCAGCCACAAAGACAUGCUGGACAUUUUCAAGAAUUUUGGCCGAUCGGUGAGGGCAGCGCUGUACGCCCCCCAUGAGCCCAUGCUGGACUACAACAUGGUCAUCAUCUUCAUCAUGGCUGUCGGCACCGUCGCCCUUGGGGGCUAUUGGGCUGGGAGCCGGGACGUGAAGAAAAGGUAUAUGAAGCACAAGCGGGAUGAUGAACCUGAGAAGCAGGAGGACGAGGCUGUGGACGUGACACCUGUAAUGACCUGCGUCUUUGUGGUCAUGUGCUGCUCCAUGCUGGUGCUCCUGUACUACUUCUAUGACCAUCUUGUCUAUGUGAUCAUUGGGAUUUUCUGCCUGGCCUCCUCCACGGGCCUCUACAGCUGCCUUUCGCCGUUGGUCCAGAGGCUGCCAUUUGGCAAAUGCAGGAUCUGCAACAACAGUCUGCCCUACUUCCACAAGUGUCCUCAGGUCCGCAUGCUGCUCCUGGCACUGUUCUGUGUGGCUGUCAGCGUGGUGUGGGGAAUCUUCCGGAAUGAGGACCAGUGGGCCUGGAUCCUUCAGGAUGCGCUGGGCAUCGCCUUCUGUCUCUACAUGCUAAAAACCAUCCGCCUUCCCACUUUCAAGGCCUGCACGCUGCUGCUGCUGGUGCUGUUCAUCUAUGACGUCUUCUUCGUGUUCAUCACUCCCUUCCUGACCAAGAGCGGGAACAGUAUCAUGGUAGAGGUGGCGACUGGUCCUUCGGACUCAGCCACACAUGAGAAGCUGCCCAUGGUCCUGAAGGUGCCCAGGCUGAAUGCCUCGCCACUGGCCCUAUGUGACCGGCCCUUCUCCCUCCUGGGUUUUGGGGACAUCCUAGUCCCAGGGCUGCUUGUGGCAUACUGCCACAGGUUUGACAUCCAGGUGCAGUCAUCCAGGGUCUACUUUGUGGCCUGCACCAUUGCCUAUGGCAUCGGCCUCCUUGUGACGUUCAUGGCCCUGGCCCUCAUGCAACGUGGCCAGCCGGCCCUCCUCUACCUGGUGCCCUGCACGCUGAUCACCAGUGGCGCCCUGGCCCUGUGGCGUGGGGAGCUGGGCAUGUUCUGGACUGGCAGUGGCUUUGCGAAGGAUCUACCUCAGCCUACUUGGGUACCAGCCUCAGCCGAAGGCCCACAGCCUCUGAAAGACUCUGAGGCUGUGUUUUCCCAGCAGCCUCCAGAAGCACAGGUCAAGUCCACGCUGCCCGAAGAGCAGUCUCCAGAACUGGCUCAUCCCAAGGAUGUGGCCGAUGUGUCCACCCAGGAACCCACAAGUCCUGUCAGUCAUACCCCUGAGCCUACAGGCCUGCCAGGCACCUCAGCCUAGGAGGGCAGUACAGCCUCAGUCCCUUGCCGUCCCCCCAAAGGCUGGACCUGCCAUCCCCCAACUUGGUGCUCUGGUCUGGCCGAUGCUCACAUCUCCUGCCUCAUCAGGCCCAGCUGCACCUGGACCCCUGGCCCUGCUCCCAGCUCAUGUGGCUGCCGCAGCCCCUUGGACCACUGAGGUCCCCAUCCUGCAAGCCCAGCCCAUAGUCUUCCUAGUCGGAGUGUCUUGGUGGAACCUCAGACAGGACAGGAAGCGUCACCUCUGCCCGCCGAUGGCUGCAGAUCUGCCACAUUUGGUGCUUAUACCACGCUGCUGCUUCCUUCAGGUUUUCCUGAAGAUGCCCUGUCCUGGGCAGGAGGGCAAUGGUCUGCCCCUGAAGGCCAUGGCUUUCCUUCUGCGGUACUCCUGGCCUGGAUGCUGAAAGCCCGGCCCGGAGAUGUGGACUCAAGCCCUCAGCCUGGCUGGCAUGGGGUCUGGACCCACCUCUGGGUAGGUUGGGGAGCCAGGCUAAGAGCUGCGAGCAAGGCUGGCAGUAAAUGGACAGGGGCUCUUGGUCUGAGCCUGACCCUGGUUCCUCCAUCAGCCUGGGAGAUGUCUGGAGCCUGUGCUCCAUCCAGUCCCUCCAUGUCUUAAUAAACAGCCACUACUUUCUGAAAUUCCACUGGUUUUGCCUCUCUUGGACUGCCCUUCCUGGAGGCAAGCUGGGUGCCAGACUGGGUGGCCAGGCCCUUGGGGUCCACAUGGCCCAGCACCCCGGAGCCCUCAACGGCCGGCUCUGCCCUUUGUGUAGGCUCCACUGCCUCAACGCAGAGGGACUGGGGCUUCCCUUUCCACAUCAUGGGCGUCUGCACGUUCUUAACACUAUCCCAACAAAGACAACUCGCUGGCCUCCAGCUGCAACAUGAGCAAGGCGAGCACACUGCGAGGAGCUUCUGGAACGUGGGAGAAUAUUUUGGAACUGGCAUUUUGUUUUCUACCUCUGAACCUCACAACAUGCCGUGGUAGAGCUGGCCCAGCAGCCCCCAUUCCCUGGCACCGUCCCUCUACCAUCGUGUUGCAUGUGUCACCACCACUCUGAAGCCAAUGACAGGUGCCUUGGGGCUACGGACCGCCAGGACUGUCUGUGGCCCUGGGGCCUUGCUCUUCCCCAUCCAUCCAUGCAACCUCUAGACUCAUGUUCAGGUGUUUCCAUUGGUGUGAUGUGAAGGCACAGACCCUCCAGCCACGUGGUUCCGGUCCUGUCUCUCAUAGACCACGGGCACGGGACCAAACCAUUACCCACUCCAAAAAUACCAGCGACAGACAGACUUGCAAACCAUCUUUGUUAGCCACACUUCUCAAGGGAGAAAUAUUCCCCCCAAAACAAAAGAUGUCUUCCACCUGUUUCCCAUGUGUUUCCCCUGGGAGGGAGAGCAGCUAGACCUUUGGCCCCAUGGAACUCCUGGACUUGGGGGCCAGGACCUGGAUGUAGCCAUGGGGCGGCCUGGGCAAAGGAUGUACAUGGACCCUAUCUGACCCUUGGCCUGCGCCUUAAUCUAAGCCAUUUUGUACAUUGGUGUCAAAGAUGGGAAUCUUUUUUGUUUUGAAAAUUAGACAAAUGUCACGGAAUUCGAAGGUGAUGUUCCUACAGUUUUUGUUUGCAGUUUUGGCCUUGCUUCUACUAGAAUCUUAUAAUUAAACACAGCUUUUGAUAUGUAGGACUCAA